AUGGUCGACGUCGACCGACGAAUGACCGGCCUCAACCCGGCCCACAUCGCCGGGCUCCGCCGCCUCUCCGCCCGCGCCGCCGCUUCCUCCACCGCCAACUCCGGCGUCCCCCUCCCCGUCCGCAACGGCCUCCUCUCCUUCACCUCCCUCGCCGACAAAGUCAUCACCCACCUCCGCAGCUCCGGGAUCCAGGUCCAGCCGGGUCUAUCCGACCCGGAGUUCGCCCGCGCUGAGGCCGAGUUCGGCUUCUCUUUCCCUCCCGAUCUCCGCGCCGUCCUCUCCGCCGGACUCCCCGUCGGCCCUGGAUUCCCCGAUUGGCGCUCCCAUGGAGCUCGCCUCCACCUCCGAGCCUCGCUCGACCUCCCCAUCGCUGCCAUCUCGUUCCAGAUCGCGAGGAACGAGCUUUGGUCCAGGUCGUGGGGGACCCGACCCGCCGACCCGGAGAAAGCGCUCCGGGUCGCGAGAAAUGCGCUGAAGAGGGCGCCGCUCCUGAUCCCGAUUUUCAACCACUGCUACAUCCCCUGCAACCCGUCGCUGGCUGGGAAUCCGAUCUUCUUCUUGGACGAGACCCGGAUCUUCUGCUGCGGGCUGGAUCUGUCCGAUUUCUUCGACCGAGAAUCCCUCUUUGCAGCCGGUUUUGAGUCCGAAUCCGACCCGAUUCUCCUCACCAAGCAGAGAUCUGUCAGCGAGAAGUCAGCCGGGUCCUCCUCCUCCUCGUCGUCGUCCAAUUUUUCCCGGCGGAGCCUGGACACGGGCCUCGCGAACAGAACGCCGAGAUGGGUGGAGUUCUGGAGCGACGCGGCGGUGGACCGGCGGCGGAGGAACUCUGCGUCUUCGUCCUCCUCGGACUCGUCAUCUUCGCCGGAGCGAUUCUUCGAGAUGCCGAGAUCGGAGGCGGCGCCGCGUUGGGUGGACGAGUACGUAGGCCGAAUCGGGUCGGUGUUGAGGGAAGGCGGGUGGAGCGAGUCCGACGUGGAGGAAAUCGUCCAGGUGUCCGGCUCCGGAUUCUUCGAAGGGGAGAUGGUGUUGCUAGACAACCAGGCCGUGCUGGACGCGCUGCUGGUGAAAGCGGAUCGGUUCUCAGAUUCGCUCCGGAAAGCAGGGUGGAGCUCCGAGGAAGUCUCCGACGCGCUGGGGUUCGAUCGCCGACCGGAAAAGGAGAGGAGGAAGAUGCCGGAGAAGAAACUGUCGCCGGAGCUCGUGGAGAAGAUCGGGAAACUGGCCGAGUCGGUUUCCCGGUCGUCGUAA